AGCAAACCAAGAUGUCUGCGCCCAUUCGAAAUGAAUUUCGUAAACAAAUUGACUAAAUAGUCAUAAAUUACCGACUUUUUGUAGUAUAUUAUUGGCCUGGAACUAACAUUUACUGUCUGUUAUAACAUUAGACUAUAUCAUACAAAAUACAAAUUUAUCGAAACAGUCUCUCUCGGGUAAACGUCAUACUUACAGAAUAAUGGAGUCUGGAACUAAUGAAGGCUUGCAAGACGCUGUGCAAAACAUUUCACAAAAUACUAACAAUAAUGACAUAAUUUCACAAAAUACAUCUUGUGAUGAGGUUAUGGUAAUGCCAAUGGACUUGAAUUUACAGUCGUGCGAUGAAAUCAAUGAACGUGCAAUGGAAGAGUCGUGUGUCCAAUUAUCCAAUAUCAGUGUUUCAAAAGACAGGGAAUUAGGCUCUGAUUUUGAUGGCAUGGUAGCAUCUAAUGAGGCCUCAGCCAAUGUUACGGAUACAGAAUCUCUUCAAAUCAGUCAAAUGUUGACAAACUUGUCACAGACAGACGCACAUUUUAAAAGUCAGCAACGUGGCGAUCCAGACUUAACUUUAGUAGAAAAAUACAAAAUAGCGCAUGAAAUAUUGUCGAAAAAUCCGUCAAAAUUCCUAGAACGAUUUCAUGACUAUUUGAAUUUAGAAGAUUUAAAUUAUUUUGAAAAAUUCUGUGGGAAUUAUGAAAUUGACUUUUAUGUUACACACAUUAAGCAGAAUCUUAAUAAAAUUACCAGUGCUAAAAUUGUUAAAAAUCGUCGAUAUUCGGCGAUGCAGAAACUGGUUAGUGAAGGUGAUUAUUUUAGUGAAGAUGAAAUGAAAUAUCGUGAUCCAUUAUUAUAUGAAGAGAUGGUGGGUCAAUAUUUGACCAGUGAUGAAAUACAGAGCCGCGUCGAUAAAACAGAUUUAAAAUUCUCCACCAUUUUACUUAAACAUAUUGAUCAACUGGAAGAAAAUAAACUUUAUCAUCAGCAGAAAGAAUCACAGGAAAUUGAUCAAGAAGAAUAUGAUGACAAGAUAGAUGAAGAUAAACCUGAUGAAGAUGAUGAUGAAUCAGAACUAGAGAGUGAUGAGGAUGAAAAGCCUAAAAUACCUGAACAAGAAAAACAACAACUGAAAACAGAAUUUCUUGAAAUCAUGCAAGAAAAAUUCCUGUCUGGUGAAGAUACAAAUUUUUUUGAUUACAGUGAAGUUGAUAAAAACAACGAGUAUGAUUCCCUUGCAACCAUUGAACAAGAUGAACAGGAAAAAUAUUUUGAUGAAGAUUAAAAUUUUAUUAAAAAUUGCCUACACAUUAACAUAAACAGUUCAUAUGGGCGGUUUAUCUGACGACCCCAUUUCACUACAAAGAGAUACACUGUCAAAAGUGAAAAUGGACGUUUUUGAUUUUUGUCUUAAUAAUGAGUAAUUUCUCCACCAAUCCUCAGACAUUCAGCAAUUCGUUGUGGCAUGCCCCUAAUCAACCGUCCGAUCACGAUUUGGGGCAAUCUGACCCACACCUCUUGCAGUGCCGCGGUCAAUUCUUGCAGUGUUGUCGGUUGAUGUUGACGAACACGUCUCCCGAUCAAAUUAAACGUAACACACUAAAGCAAAGAUAUGCUGAACAGUAAAUCUUAUGCAAGAACCGAUAGGAAAGCCAACAUGGAUAGGAUAAACCAGCAAGCGGCAGUUUUCAUCAACCCUUCCUUGAAGUGUCAAAUUUGACAAUGACCCCCCCCCCCCCUACCACCCGCCCACGUGAAUGGCGCUAUUGCAUGUCGCACAUGACGCGCAGUGGUUCUGUUGGGGCGAUAAGUUCUUAAUCUGUGAACAUACUCUCAAAGCAUGUCAAGUGUCCGUGACUAUUUAUCAUAUCGCAACCUGCAUAGGUAUUUGCAUUUCAAUAUCCCCUACUUUUUUUGAAGAGUAUAUAUACAUUGUAUAUAUAUAGGGAGAGUGUGGGAGAGAGAGAUAUGGCAGGGGAGGGGGGAGGAGGCGAUCAAUUCUUUCAACUAUAUACUGUUCCUGCAUCACUAACAAGUGGAAGCACCCUGAAAAUAUCCGGGGAACUUUCAGUUGUGUAGGUCGGAAAGUCUAACAAGAAACCCCAUCUAGCCGUUCAUAUGGGACAAACAACCGAGACCCCCUUGUAUACCGUGGCAUGUACAGAAAGGAAUCCAGUUGGAAUUUUGAAUAUGAAUAUGAAUUAGCAGGUCGGUGAGUCUAAGAACUAUACCGGUUGGCAUGUUCGUUAAUGAUACAUUUGUUAAGUUUUUAAUAAAGAGUUGGCCAUUA